GUUGUUCAACCGGCACCAGGUUCUUGUUACCGUUAGUGCCAAAUUCAGAUAUAGACUGAGAUGAAGUGAAGUGGGAAUAUCUAACAUUCUUCAGGAAACGAUUCCAACACGCAGCGGAAGACAAUAAUCGUCACAAAUCCCAAGAUUGAUUCUAAACUACCCUUUAGGAGCUAAUUCCGCUUGUUCCACAGCAUAUAUGAAUCACGUUUUAAACCGUACACAACAAGCAAUGUGCAAUGUAUACCAGUGGAGCGUCGCAUGCAAACAUUAGCAAACACAAAACCACUAGCUCUAAUGUGCAGCUGCCCCUUGCAAUCAGCGCAAUGAGGUCAUCCAGCUCCGGCAGGCUUAUCAACUCGAGCAGCCACCACUAUCGCAAGGUCGCGAUCUUCCAGCGGAUCCGCACAUCCGUCGGUGGGCUGACCGGACACUCGCGCGACGCAUUCUCUAUCGAUCCGUCUCGCAAUGCAUCCUUUCGGUCCGUCGCUGCUGCUGCUGCUAUCGUUGGCUACGGUGAACGGUGCGUUCCUAUCCAAUCUAAACGCCACCUGCUUCCGGUGCAUCUGCGACGCUUCCACCGGUUGCAGCACGUCCACCACCUGCAGACAGUCGUACUGUGGUCCGUUCUCCAUCUCGCGCGCCUACUGGAUGGAUGCGGGCCGGCUGGUCCUGCCGGCGGACGAACCGACCCGCUGGGGCGCGUUCGAGGACUGUGCGAACGAUUACGACUGCGCAACCGGCAUCGUGACGCAGUACAUGGAAAAGUAUGGCACCGACUGCAACGGGGAUGGGCUGGUGGACUGCGUCGACUAUACGAUGCUGCACGUGAACGGUGGGCCGCGCUGCCAGGGUGCGCUCGGUGGCACGUUCGCCAGCCGGUUCUACCAGUGUUUGCGCGAGGGUAAGCGUGAUUCUAGUCGAACUUUCGGAUAGUACUAGCCCUGAAUGAAUAGCCGGGGACCGAAACAAACUGUACGCAAGCCCCAAAGCGCUACUCGCGCAAUGGGUCGCUGGCAAUUGCAUUGCACUUCAUGGUAGCUGGUAUAAUUGGAAACCUGUUCUGUUUUUGUUUCUGUCUCUGCAAGCCCAAACACUAACUAAGUUCAACAAAGCACACACAUACAUAAUGCUUCACUCGAUGUGCGAAAACAAGUAAACGUACCAAAAUAUAUAUGUGUGUAUAAUAAUAAUAAUAAUAAUAAACAAACAAACAAACAAA